AAUAAACAAGAAGCAAGAAGAAUGUUGCAUUCAUUGCAUUCAUUAAUUAAUAUCAGAUUCUUUGCUCAUUUAUAUUUCUCAACGAUUAUACGACUUUUAUUAAUUGUGUAUGGAGAAAUACACGAUUCUUAUUCCGAAGUGCCUUAUACGGAUAUUGACUACAAGGUAGUAGUCGACGGAGCGCGCGGUAUAUUGAACGACGGGUCUCCGUUUAAUCGACACACUUUUCGUUACAGUCCAAUUUAUGCGUUUAUGCAAAUCCCUAGUGUGCUUUUACAUCCAGCUGUUGGGAAAAUAAUCUAUUCUGGCUUCGAUAUAUGGGUUGCAGUACUUAUUUAUAAGCUGGUGAAAGAUGAGCUUAGAUUUCAAUAUUCUCGACUGAAAAAAACGGAUUGUUUACAAAGCGUUAAUAUUAAGUGUCCUGAAAUUGUUGCCAAAGUCUCAGCCUGCUUUUGGCUAUACAAUCCUCUUACCGCCGUCAUAUCUACACGCGGUAAUGGCGAUAGUUUCUCAAGCUUUAUUGUUAUACUUACUCUAUACAUGAUCAUGAAAGCAUUCAAAGUAAACGAGCAACGAUUAAGUUUACUGUUAAUCUUUUAUGCUGGUAUUUUGCAUGGAUUGGCUAUACAUUUACGAUUAUAUCCAUUAUUUUUCAGUUUGGCUUACUAUCUAGCAUUAAGUGAACACUCAACUUGUCGAAUUGCGGAUUUCAUAAGAAAGCUUAUCUGCCCUUGCAAAAAGCAAUUGUUAUUGAUUAUGGGUACGGUUACCAGUUUAACUACAUUGACUUUACUUUUUUACAAAUUAUAUGGCUUUAAAUUCUUAUAUGAAGCUUAUAUUUAUCACCUAGUACGAAAAGAUUUACGUCAUAAUUUCUCCUUGUACUUUUUAAUGCAAUAUCUGGGAAGCGAUACAGAGGGCUUGUCCUCUUUACAAAAACUAUUGGUAUUGAUGCCGCAAUUGAUAAUGAUAGUGUUUUUAACUUUUGCCUUCGGUCAAUUUCGACAAUCUUUGCCAUUUUGUAUUUUUACUAUAACGUUUGUUAUGGUAACGUACAAUUCGGUUGUGACAUCACAAUAUUUCAUUUGGUACUUGGCUUUAUUACCUUUAUGCUUCAGUAAUUUUAAAAGUAUAGGAAUUGGAACUGCCGUAAGUUAUUUUUCCUUGUGGGUAUUAGCUCAAGGAUUAUGGCUUUUACCUGCUUUCCUAUUAGAAUUCCAAGGAUGGAAUACUUUCUAUUGGCUUUGGUUACAAAGUAUAGUCUUUUUUAUAGUUAACAACUUUUUGCUAAUACAAUUAAUCAAAAAUUUCGAUUUUAUAACUUACAAACAUUAAAUAAAUCCUUAUUA